UAACUACAAAAGUUGUCAGACUGCAGGGUCAACUAUUUUGUGGCACGUUUUUUAGCAAUCAAGCAAAAUUCCAGCCCAGGAACAGGUAUUCGUUAGGUGCCGUAGUGGCAAGAUGACGACGGAAGACGCUAAAACGUAUCUUUCAAGGCGAGAGAUCCCUCGCCUUUUUGAGAGUCUUAUGACUGGCUUGAUGUACCACAGACCCACAGAUCACAUCAAGUACCUGAUUGACUGCCUGCAGAAAGUACAUGACAAAGGCCAGGAAAACAUUACAUGGAGUUCUUUUGUGGACAUCCGACGUACCAAAACUCCCCUGCCCCCAAUCUCAAAUGGCCAAGUUAGGCCUGGCUCAAAGGGUGGAUCCAGACCAUCAUCCAAAACCAGGGCAAAAGAGAGAGGAGAAAGCCCCACUGAUGUUUCUUCAGGUGAUUUAACAAAUGGUCGAACAAGUCCCAAGAGAAAAACCCCCUCCCCUGUCGACAAGGGGAAGGAUAAAAAACGAGCCCAGCAUGGGCAUGUGAAAGAAGACAAACCAGCAGGUACAACGACGUCUCCACUUCCGGACAUUCCCCGCUCCAGCGAGAAAAUCUCCCUGCCCGACAUUCCAAUCGUCCUUGUGUUGGGUGCCCCGGGGUCAGAAAAAGACAAGCAUGUGGAUGAGCUGCUCAAGCGUUACUCCGGCUGGAAGCACCUGAACAUGGGUUCAAUGAUACGGGAGGAGAUUGCCCGGCGUGGGGAUGCUCACGCCAAGUGGAAACUGACCCGCGACCUCAUGAGUCGCGGGGAGGCUGCACCCGAGGACAUCACAAUAGAGACCCUGCUGUCCACGUUGAAGUCGUGCAGCUCGGCGAAGGGUGUGGUCAUCACAGGGUUUCCCCGCUCCAUGAAACAGUCCGAGGAGUACAGCAGGGCGGUGUCCCGUGUGGAUUGUGUGUUCAUGAUUGACUGUGAUGAGAAAGCAGCGCUGGAUCGACUGUUACUCCGUGGACGAAACUCCAACAAACCAGAGGACUCGAUGUCUGCAGUCACAGCAAGACUCAACUACUUCAAAGCACACACUUUGCCUGCGGCCAAGGUCUAUGAUGACCAGGGCAAGCUGGUUGUGAUCGACGGUGAUGGCGGAAGUGACAUGGUCAAAUAUGAGUUUGGGAAGGCAUUUGACAACCUCUUCUUCACAAAAUACGGUACCACAGAGUUAGGACUCCGUCCUGUGGCCUCUCGGGAAUCUAAUCUACCAGAUGCAGCCUCAUACAAGAAAGCAUUUGAGGAGGACAAGACUGACUCGCUGGCCAGGGAGGACAGCAGCAUGGAUGCUGACAAGCCCUUGUUCGUGGGACAAGUGCCAGAGCCACCCACAGACGUCGUACCUGACACCGGCAGGAAACCCGGGCUUCCAGACAGUCCCAUCAUUUUUGUGGCAGGUGGUCCCGGCAGUGGUAAGGGCACCCAGUGUGCAAGAAUCAUCAAACGUUACCCAGGCUUCGUACACAUCUCCAUUGGCGACCUUCUACGGCAGGAAAUCUCAAAUAAGGGCACAGCCGAUGAGAAAUGGACCAUGAUCUCCAGUCUUGUGUCCAAGGGAGAAAUGGCACCUGAGGAGGAAACAGUGGAACUAUUGAAGGCUCAACUCAUCAAACACAAGGACGCAAAAGCAUUUGUGGUCGAGGGUUUUCCCAGGGACAAAGGUCAGGUGGACGCUUUCAACAAACAGAUUGGUGGUCUAAACUUUGCCAUUCUAUUUGACUGUGAAGAAUUUUACAUGCAGAACAGGUUAUUAAACCGUGGGCGGGCCAGCGGCAGAAUUGACGACAACGCCACAGCCGUAGCAAACAGACUUAACUUCUAUAAAUAUAACACACUACCCAUCCUCAAAUAUUUUGAUGAUGCUGGAAAACUUGUUGUGAAAAACAUUACGGAUCUGGAUGGGGAUAGAGACAGCGAUGAGAUGUUCUAUGAUAUCAGUCAGAUGUUUGACUUCGCCUUCUUUGGCAAACAAGCAGAAGCGUCAAGCAAUUCCUCAAGUUUUAUGACUGAAACACCAAGACAAAAAUCACAAGCCAUUAAGAGUGAAGAUGACGCCAAUGCCAUGGCAGUCAUUGCAGCCGGUAUACAAGCCAGCUUUGUACGCCACAAGCAUGUCCUAAAGCGGCCUGCCAGCUACAUAAGCAAAUCAGGACAAUCUUCAGGCCCCAUUACCAAUGCAUCUAAAUCUGAACGUGGCUCAUCAAAAUCCAGAAAGCAGCAAAGUUCCAGCGAGGAGAGGGAACUAACUGAUGAAGAGCUGAAAGCAGCGCUCUGUAUACAGGCUGGUUACCGUGGUUACGUUGCUAGGCAACAAUAUUCGUCCAUGAGGGAAAAGGAAGUAAAACAGGACUCUGAAUCCACGGAGAAGAAGGGUAUGUCGGAAGAGGAGGAAGCUGCCAUCCGAAUCCAGGCUGGUUUCCAGGGAUACAAAGUUAGAAAAGAAAUAGAAGCCAAGAAACAGGCGAAACAGGAGUCGACUGAUUUAAAGAACAUCAAGGUGGUGUUCGUGGUUGGUGGGCCAGGCAGCGGCAAGGGGACGCAGUGUGAGCGGAUCGUAAGCAAAUAUGGCUUCACCCAUCUCUCUACCGGCGACCUGCUCCGGGCGGAAGUGGCGUCAGGCUCUGCCAGGGGAAAGGAACUCACUGCCAUCAUGGAGAAAGGGGACCUCGUACCCCUGGACACGGUUCUGCUACUGUUAAAAGAGGCAAUGAUGGCGAAGGCAGCUGACAGCAAGGGUUUCCUGAUUGACGGAUAUCCGCGGGAGAUGGAGCAGGGAACUCGCUUUGAGAAGGAGGUGACUCCAUGCAAGUUCGCGCUUUAUUUCCACGUAUCAGACGAGACUAUGACCAAGCGUCUUCUGGGUCGUGCGGAGACUAGCGGGCGCGUGGAUGACAAUGAAGAAACGAUCAAGAAGCGCCUGAAAACCUUCCAUGAUAUCACAACACCGGUCAUAGAUUACUACGAGAAACAAGGAAAACUGAAAAAGGUAUCAGCAGAGGCAGGGCCGGAUGAAGUGUUUACGGAAGUGGAAACCAUCUUUGAUGAAAUGCUCAAAACAGAAACCUCACCGUUGAAGGACGCCAAAAUAGUUUUCGUUGUUGGCGGACCUGGGUCAGGCAAAGGAACACAGUGUGAGAAGAUUGUCGAGAAAUACGGCUUCUGUCAUCUUUCAUCCGGGGAUUUGCUCAGAGCGGAAGUAGAGUCCGGGUCAGAACGAGGCGAGAAAUUAAAAGACAUCAUGGCAAAGGGAGAACUUGUUUCCUUGGAUGUGGUGCUGGAGCUGAUCAGAGAGGCCAUGGUGAAUAAACUGUCCGAGACGAAGUGUUUCCUGAUUGACGGAUAUCCGAGGGAGAUGGAACAGGGAUCGCGCUUUGAAAACGAGGUGGCGGAAUGCUGUAACGUGCUAUAUUUUGAUGUGUCGGACGACACCAUGACGGCGCGUCUGUUGGACCGGGGGAAGACGAGCGGACGGGUGGACGAUAACGAGGAGACCAUUAAGAAGCGUCUUGUCACCUUCCACAACCAGACCCAGCCCGUUAUCGACCACUACACCAAACAGAACAAAGUCAUUAAGGUUGCUGCUGAGGGAGGUGUCGACGAUAUAUUCGCUGAAGUACAGAAGUUUAUGAACAGCAAGUCCUGGUGAUAGGCGACAGCCACAGGCUGUAGAGACAUUAUACAUUGUGUAUUAUGUAGGAAUUAUAACUAGCGAUAUUACAGAGUUCUACACAAUACAAUACCGUUUAAAAGUACCUCCUCUCUGUCAAAUCAAUCUCUACUCUGUUUGUACUGCUUGAGUCCUUGACCUUUUCAUUUCUAAGGCUUGAAUGUCACGUAACAUUGUUUUUUGUGGUUUAUCAUAUUGCUUGUGCAUAGCUUAAGUGCCUUUUGACUGAUUGCACACAUGCUGAGAUUUCCUUUAAUACAUUUUGAUUAAAGAUUGCUAGCGGACCUAGUUACUGUGCAUGCAUAGAAACAAGUUUAAGGUAUUUUUAUGUAUUAUUUUUUCUCAAUAUUAAUAUUGCUAGUAAGUGUAUGUAAGUACCGGAUUAAAAUCAUAGUUGCAUUUAUUUAGUACAUAAUUGAUAUAAAUAACAUGUAAUCACUGAACGUCUUCUAUCAUACAAGAUUAGAUAAUAUCCCUAGUAUGCACAGCUAAUUUUCCUGCUAGUAUACCGCGCUAGUAUUGUUCUUGAUUGAACAGAUUAUCCCGUCAUGUCCAUGAAGGAUUCAGUUCUACAUUUGGUAUACGUUUUGCAAAAGGAUUAACGAUUAUAUGUAUUUUCACUUAAUUUUAAAUUAUUUCAGAACAUUUCCUUGUAUUUAUGAUCUGUUACUCUAAACAGUAUAAAAUGCUGUUCUUUCGUUUCUUCAAAUGUGUUAGAAUUGCUGCCUAAAUGCACAUGUUAGACUUGUAAGAAUUAACAAGGCACUACACUGUCAAUCAAGCGUUGUAUAUUGUUGUACAGUCUGUAAAGUUCCAAAGGAAAGUUGUUCAUUUUGUGUUUGUUAGAUAUUUAUUUUGAUUAUUGUUUUCUGUGAUAUGUACAGCUUCUGUUCUUAGUUGCAUUUAAGUUUAAUGCUCAUAGCUAUUGAUGUUUAGUUUCAACUGCUGGAUGUAUACGCCCGGAUUACUCCUUAGUAACUGAUGGCAUUUUUUGUUAUCAUUUAUCUGCUUCAUAUUGGCUUUAUCACUGUCUUUUUGAAUGCGAAAUUUUGAAACUGAAAAAUAAAUUAGAAAAUAUU